AUGGAAUAUUCAUGCGUUGACUUUAACGAUUUACCUGAUGAAAUUCUUAUGAUUAUUUUUAAAAAAUUGAACAAUUUUGAAGUACUUUAUUCUUUACAAGGUGUCAAUCAAAGAUUAAAUAAAAUUGUUCAAGAUUCAGUUUUUACAAAUCGUUUGACUUUUGUCAAAAUGUGUUCUGGUAAUUUUAUUGAUGUAUUUUGUUGUAAUACGAUGCUCAAUCGAUUUUGUUUACAAAUUUUACCUGUAAUUCAUGAUAAAAUAAAAUGGCUUGAUCUUGAAUCAUCAUCCAUGAAAAAUGUUUUGUGUGUUACUGAUUAUCCUAAUUUAUAUGGUCUUGGUCUUUAUAAUAUUAAUGAAGAGUCAUUUCGAUGUCUUUUUACUGAUGAAACUCUUACAUCUGCUACUUUCAAAAAUCAAAUUACAACACUUGCUAUUACAAUUGAUAAUAAUAAUCAUGAGUGUUAUGAAGACAUGCUAUUAUCAGCAGCAAAUAUAGUUAAUUACAUAUUGACUGUUUUCACUAAUUUAAUUUAUUUAACAUUAUAUGAAUCAUCAUAUAAAAACCGUGCCCCAUUAAUGUCUGAUAAUGGAUUUCCUCCUACUUUUCGUUCAUCGACUCUUUUGAAAUUAAAUAUUAGAGUACAAUGUUUUGACGAUUGUCUUAAUCUUCUCGAUGGUCGAUUUAAUCAACUUCAUACAUUCUGUGUUGAUUUAGUUAAUCUUCAUCAUCCACAAGAAAUUAAAAAUCACGGCGAUUUACCAAACUUGAAAUAUUUUGCUUUAUCGUGUAAAGAAAUAAGCUCGUAUGAUGAAUUGAUUCUACCACUUCUAUAUCGAAUGUCAAAUCUAGAACAACUUGGUUUAUAUAUUACAAUUAGUAUUGAUACUAGAUAUAAUGAUGGAUUUAUCGAUGGAAAUCAUUUGAAGAGAAAUAUUAUUAAUCGUCUGUUACGAUUAAAUGACUUUAAAUUUCAUAUUUGUUCAUGUAUGUUUAUUCAUGAUCAAUCGCAUUUUUCAUCAACAAAAGAUAUUCAACGUACAUUUAUUGAUUUUCCAAUUAAUAAUAUUAUUUCUUAUGUUGAUUAUUUUCCAGAAGCAAAAAGAAGUCAAUGUCAAAUUUACUCCUAUCCAUCUUUGACACCACAUUACGAGGAUAUUACAAAUUCGUUUCCAGGUGGAUUUUUCAAAUAUGUUCGUGUGGUAUCUUUAUUUGAUGAGCAUCCUUUUGAACAUGAAUUUUUUCUUCAAAUUCAAAGAUCAUUUCCAUUGAUGGAAGAAUUAUCUGUGGUUAAUUGUAAAUCACAAAACAAAAAACAAUCUUAUGAAUCAGACAACGAUAAUCGAAAUUUACCUCUUAUCGAAUAUUCUCUUCUUAAUGAACUUGCUAUUAAUACGGUUCAUGAUGAUUAUAUCGAACAAUUUCUACUUAAUACUAUAACACAUUUACAAAAUAAUGUUUUUCUACAUAUCGAAUAUGAAUCUUUACAACGAGUAACACACAAUUUUACAAGAGAAGAUACACGAAUUAACUGUAUGAAGAUAAAUAAACUAAAAUUACGUGGUGAAAGAAUUUGUCAAAAUUCUUCUUUACAAGCAUAUUUUCCUUGUGCAAAAAUAUCUUAUCCAGGACAAUUUUUUUUUGAAUAA